CCAUCUGCGUCAGCAGUUUGAAGACAAGCGGGGUCAGACGGGACCAGACGAAGCCUCGGAAAGGUGUGACUGUGGCUGCUCUCUGGCUGGCACCGAACUGCUAUUAAAAUCCAAGUGCAAAGAGUGUUUUCUUCACGUCCCCUUUUGAUGUAAUAUUUUCAGUUUGGACUCGUGAGAUGUGCAGUACUACAGCAUUUCUGGAUGGUUGUCAAAUGCUGUUAAACAAGGGGGAGUCGUAGAGGAAGAGAGUUGGAGGCAGCUAGAAAGUGUCUCUGUGAUUUGUUGCACCCAUUUCUGAGGAUGCUCGAAAAACUUGCACUUUCUGGGCGAAUAGAACCAUAUCUCUGGAACGGCUUUUCUCUCUCCCCACCAUUCCCAAGGGGUUUCCUAUGCAGUUAACUCUUCUGCUUGCUCAGCAUUUGCUGCUUCAGCUCAUUGAGCACUUGUAAUAACAGCACCCUGCAUCCAAAUAAUACUCACUACACAGUACUCUGAUAGUAUGAACUAUGUGGGAGUAAUUCUGUGUUAGUCUGGCCCAGACUAGAGUCAACAGUACAGAGGGUUGAGGGAUCAGUAAAAGCCAAAGAAUUGUUGGUAGAGGGGAAAAGAGACAAGCAGAAUCCUUUAACAUACCCUGGGCAUCCUGCCAUGAAAUGUCACUUUCUGACACCAAUAAUACACAAAAUAAAAGGGGAACACCAAGUGCUCUGUGUGUGUGUGAGGAUGGUGGGGAAACUUCUUGCACUAAAAACUGACUGAGGAGCAUCUGAGAGCUGAUAUCUCCCUUAAAUCCCUGCUGUGAGUUCCCUCGAGUCGAUCUGUGUGCACAUUUCAAUGGGAUAUGGUGUGUCCCUGUUGCAAGCACCGAAGGACAAGGUGGACAGUACAAAUGUAGACCCAAGUGGGUUUUUCCAGACAGAUCCUGUUGUUCUAAUGCUGUUGAUGGACAGAACUGGAGGAACUGCUAAAAAUCACCUUUUGGUAAUGUAGGGGACCUACUAAAAAGUAGGUCUUUGCAUCUGCAGUUUUAUUAAAAUGUCACUAGCGUACGCUUUGAAACCUCAGUUAGGAAAUACCUCAGUCUCAGCGAGCGCAAUGAGACCUGCAGAGCUGGAGGAGCAUCAGAGGAAGAGAGCAGCUUCUGCCUGGUGGCUCCAGUUCUCCUGCAUUCGCUUGCAAACGAAGAACCAUGAGAUCGCUCCUGUAUCUGCUCUUCCUAAUGAUGGUCAAGUCCUUGAGGAGCUUUAAUGUUGACACUGGCAAGACGUGGAUGACACCACACACAGCCGCUUUCUUGUGGCCCGCAGUUCUUCAGCAUUCGGAUGGGAACACAACCAUGAUUUUGGCUACUUCCUCAGCAGACAAGGGGCUGGGCAGACUGAGGAAGUGCAGCGUUUUGGGGGAGGAGAUCGAGUGCCAGGAGAUACCCCUGCGAGGAAAGAUUAAAGGCUCCAAAAACAUCCAGGAUGGUGCCAUAGCUAUUGACAGGAACUCAGAUUGGAUUCUGGCUUGCCUGCAGAAGAAGCACCGCCGAGCCUUCGCCACGACUGAGAAUGUGAACGGAGUCUGCACCCUGCUCACUGCCGGUCUGUGCAGCUCAGCUUUCCUCAACCUCACCAAGAUGGUUGAGACCAAAUUAAACAGCGUUCAAAGUAAAGGCAGCAGAGACAAGAUUCCAGACACCAGCGGUACUUGUGGUGAGCUCUUUGGCAGCACAAGGAACAACCACAUGUGCAAAGAACGGCGAACAGAGAUUGCUGUCAUUCUGGGUGGAUCAGAGAGCACCAAGCCACAUGAUUUCCAAAAUGCCAAGACAUCUCUCCUCAAUAUGAUGAAGUCAAUGUGGCAGAAAUGCUCCAAGAUCAGGUUUGCUGUGGUGCAGUAUGGAGCCCAAAUCCAAACUGAACUGAGCCUGCAAGAAAGCUGCAACAGACUAACUGCUUUCUUCAAAGUCCGAAGUAUCAAGCAGCAGAGCUCGCGGACCAACAUCGCAGCCACACUGCAGCAUGUGUUGGAAAAAGUCUUCGCUGAAAGCCCCGACUCCAUCCAGACUGACAAGAUAAUUAUUGUCAUGGCAUCUGGGCAAGUGUUUCUGGAAGACCAUAGACUGAGAACUGUGAUGAGCUCCCUGGAAGCAGCGAUGGUCAAGCUCUAUGCUCCCGGGAUUGGAGAGUUCAUUAGCAACCAGUGGGUGCCAGAAGAGCUGCAGAAAGUCGGAAGCAACUGGUUCCUCCUGUCCACAUACGAAGAUUUUGACAGUUUCCUUUCAGAGUUGGAGAGAGAGACUCUGGGUGGUUCAGCUGAAAAUAUUCCAACUGAAGCACCAAAGCACAGGAACACUAACAACAGUGGUGACAACAAGCUCCCUUCCUGGGUGGAGGAGGACGAGGAGGAGGAGGAGGAAAAUGACUUGCGUUCUGGGAGAGAGAUUGCUUUUGUUUUGGAUGGAUCAGGGAGCAUAGAGCCAGAGGAUUUUGAAAGAGCAAAAGCAUUCAUCCACAAGAUGAUGAAAACGCUGUAUGAGAAGUGCUUCGAGUGCAGUUUUGCAGUGGUGCAGUAUGGGUUUGAAAUCAGAACGGAGUUCGACCUGCGAGAAAACUGGAAUCCACGUGCCACCCUCCAGAAAGUGCUUGAUAUUGUGCAGGUGUGCAACGUGACAAAAACAGCAUCUGCCAUGCAGCAUGUCCUGGAUUCCAUCUUCACUGAAAGUCACGGGUCCCGCAAGGAUGCAGCCAAGGUCAUGAUUGUGCUUACAGAUGGGGAAAUCCUCCUGGAUGAAAUGGACUUGACAACAGUGGUAAAUUCACCCAAAAUGGCAGGAAUCGAGCGCUAUGCCAUCGGGGUGGGAGAUGCCUUCAAAAAACCCAAGGCCCUAAAUGAAUUACGGCUAAUUGCAUCUGGUCCAGAUGACACAAAUGUAUUUCAGGUGACCAAUUAUUCAGCAUUAGACGGGCUGAUUUCAACCCUGCAGCAGAGCAUUAUUGGUAUAGAAGGUACACAGGGUGAUGCUCUGGAAUAUGAGCUUGCACAGGCUGGUUUCAGCGUGCAGAUCUUGGAUCAGCAAGUCUUAAUGUUUGGUGCGGUGGGGGCCUUUGACUGGUCUGGUGGAAUUCUACUGUAUGAUCUGGCAACCAAGACAGCCGUUUUCCUGAAUGAAUCUAAAGAAGAAGCCAAAACAGCAAAAUACAGUUACCUAGGGUACAGUGUGGCAGUGGUACGCACGGAAUAUGGACCCUUGUACGUGGCUGGAGCUCCACGGCACAGCAUGAGGGGGAAGGUGUUGGUGUUUCAGGAUGGACGCUUAAAACAAACCCUGCAAGGAGAACAGGUUGGGUCUUAUUUUGGAUCUGAGCUCUGCCCUCUUGAUGUGAACCGUGAUGGGGUGACAGAUCUUCUCCUUGUUGGAGCUCCAUUUUAUCACAUUCAAGGGGAAGAAGGAAGGGUUUACGUCUAUCGCCUGGAGACAGAGAGUGGUUCAUUCACCUUGGAAGGACACUUAAACGUGCAGGUGACCUCUCCUGUUGCACGGUUUGGGUUUACAGUGGCCAGCAUCGGAGACAUCAAUGGGGAUGGAUAUGAGGAUAUCGCAGUUGGAGCCCCCCUUGAAGACUGGCUUUCAAACAGCUCCUCUUUUGGCAGCAUUUACAUCUUUAAUGGUGAUAAAGACAACAUCAAGAGCUCCUUUUCUCAAAGAGUAAAAGCCUCUGAAAUUUCUUCAGGACUUCAGUAUUUUGGACAAUCCAUUGGUGGUGGCUUUGAUCUCACUAAUGAUGGUGUCCGAGACAUUACAGUAGGAUCACUGGAGAACGUGAUUAUGCUCCGCUCAAGACCAGUUGUCCACUUUCUCACCAGCAUGAGAUUCGACCCUGAGAGAAUCCCAGUUUUCCAAAAUAACAGCAUUGUUACAGCAAAACUAUGUUUCGAUACAAUCUCAGCUUUACCGGUGUCUCAACAAGUGUUUGCACAGUUAUACGUUCUCUACACGGUGGAUUUGGAUGUGAAAAUGGUGAACAGGAGAGUGCGGUUUGAAGAUGAGAACACGACGAUGAGCGGGAAGCUGCUGGUCAGCGAGAACACGUGUGCUGAGCUGCAGCUUCACACGCUGCCUUGUGACCCUGACUGUUUUUCCAGCGUUUUUGUGAGAGUUAAACACGAGCUCUAUAAGAAAAAUGAUAACACGGAGUUUGCUGUUCCUGUGCUGGAUAGAUACCAGCCAUCAGAAAUGCAUUUUCAGUUGCCGUACAAGAAGGACUGCGGGAACGAGACGCUCUGUACUGCUCAUUUAACCUUGACAAGUCACAUUCAAACGGAAUCGGUGCUCGGCCACACAAGAGAGGUGACCAUGAACGUUUCACUAACAAACAGUGGGGAUGACUCGUACAUGACAACUAUGGUCUUGAACUACCCUAAAACCCUCCUUUUUAAGAAGGUGACUGUUGAGCCGUCCUCUCCCGCUGUUCACUGUGGCCAACCAGCACCAUUAACUUCUAUGAUCUUAUCCUCCAACUGCAGGAUUGGGCAUUCAGUAUUCAAAAAGACAACUGCAAAAUUUUCAGUGAUUUGGCAAUUAGAUGAAAGCAUAUUCCCAAAUAAGCCUGUAAUCACCAUUAAUAUCACCAAUGCAAAUGAAAACAGCACCAUCCUGACUGAAGAACACGUCCUGGAUGUCAGAUACACAUUCACUGCAAGCCUCACCACACCAGAUUCUUUAAUGUACGUGAAUGUUAGUGAAGGACUUCUUGAAAACAAAGAAUUCAGAUUUAAUAUAAACGGAAAAAAUGGCUUUAACGCUACCAUCGAGCUGCAGAUUUGGGUUCCUAUCAGUAUUCAAGGUCAACACAUCAUGGCAGUCAAAAACGCAUCAGGAACACAGGUGGCGACGCGGUGCUGGGUGAGCGGCGAAGCGGAGCCGGAUCUCCGGGAGCGUUCCGGUCGCACCGGAGCAGAGGAGGUUCGGGACGUGCGGUAUCAGGGCGUGCGCUGCUCCAUCCCGGCCGGCAGAGACACCGUCACCGUGACAGCAGAACUGUCUUUAAACAACGUGCACCAGUUUUUAAAAAGCAGAACUGUUUUGCUGGUCCCUGGAAAAAUCACCUUCAACAGAGAACUAUAUCUGGCCCUGACAGAAGAGAAUCAUCGUGCUGAGAUCACCCUCGUCUUCCUGCAAGAUGAAGUGUUUAAUCUCUGGCCUGUUAUCAUAGGAAGCUGUGCUGGUGGACUUAUCUUGCUGGCGUUCCUUACUGUGCUUCUCUGGAAAUGUGGCUUUUUCAAAAGAAACUAUAAAGCUAUGAUGGAGCAAGAAAAUCUUCCUGAAAACUAAGCCGGCCGAAGCGGAAAGCUCUGUGUGCUCUUUCACCAGCUUUUUGGAAAGAGAAGAGUCAAAGUCUGGCUGAGAUGCAGACCAGUUCGUAUUCCAUGGUAGAGCUACAGUGCUCCGGAUUUGGGACUCUCCCAAAUUGCUGUUUUGACCGUAGGGGCCCAGGUCUUUUGGGUAAUGUACCCGUCUGCUUGUUUAAUUUGGAUUGACUGUUCAAUGGAGGGUCUGCCUGCUGUUGAUAAACUAGACUCCCCAGGAGAAAUUUUGCUUUAAUGUAGGAAAAAUUAAUCUUGGAGCCUGUUAGAUCUAUGUGUUGGAUUUCAGACUUAGUUGUUGUGAUGUUGACUGAUUUUUAAAUUUAUUUUAGUACUGAGUAGCUUCUGAAUAGAUCGAAGUAGAAAUGGAUUAGUGGAAGCUUCCCUGCCAUUGCUAAUGGAAAUGGAGAGACAAGCAUUUUGCAUGUAUUUAUAUAUAUAUGUACUUGCGCAUUUAAAUACAGUAAAACAUGUCCCUGGAUGUCUCUGGUUGUUGGGAUCAGAAGCGUGUGCAUGUGGCGAUUGCUUUUUUUGUACCUCCUGAUCUUGUUCCUGAUUUUCCACUUUCAGUUCCUUUCAAAUCCUGAUUUGGUCACAAUAAAAACCUGUAUCGUGGA